CUGCCCUGUGUGGCGGAGCGAUGCGAUUGGCUGACAGCGGCCCAGGGAGGAGGAAUGGAGGGCAGGGAUUGGCCGACGGCUAUGGAGGAGGCGGGACCACUUCAGCUGCGACUGUCAAGAUUGGCAAAGAGCUGCUGCUGCUGCUGCUGCAGGUAAAACACGAAGGAACAGAAAACACUCAUGUCGUGCGAUGGACGCGGAGUGUGCGGGGACCUGAAGCCUGGCUGUGUUGCGGGAGAACGACGAACGUGUUAGUGCGGGAAGAGCAAACCAAACAAACAAAAAGAAAAAGCGCAACACCGCGUGCGUCUGAAAGUGCCGCUGCGUCAACCAUCGUCUCGGGCACGUUUUGUACGGAGCAACUUGGACAGCUGCGUGUUUCCAGCGCACAACAAAGAAUGAAAGCAUUCAAACGAGCUCUGGAGGAAGAGCAGCGCCCGGAGCAGGAGCACUCCUCAGCCAUGUCAGACAGUGAUGACGGCUCCCCGCUCGACCUGUCAGGAAGGGGGCUCCUCGGGAAGCGCCGUCGCCGUGGCAACCUACCCAAGGAGGCGGUGCAGAUUCUGCGGAGCUGGCUGUAUGAGCACCGCUUCAACGCCUACCCGUCGGAGCAGGAGAAACUCAGCCUGUCAGGCCAGACCAACCUCUCGGUGCUGCAGAUAUGCAACUGGUUCAUCAACGCACGUCGCCGCCUCCUCCCUGAUCUGCUUCGCAAGGAUGGGAAAGACCCAACCAAGUUCACCAUCUCCAGAAAGGUUGGUGGUAAAAGCGAAGGCCACUCAUCUAACGGAGGUGGCGCCAGCUCCCCCGAGAGAAACUCUUCCCCGAGUUCAUCUCAACAGCGCCCGUCUGUCAUCCGCUCCGCCCCCAUGCUGGACCUCAGUCUUCUCGGGAGCACGGCGACAGCCAUCCUGACAGGAGCAGGCUACCCGGGUAAAGAAGGAUCAGUGCAGGCGCUCUUGAGGCUGGACACACAAAGUUUGCUGAGGGAAGCAGAGGAGCAAGGGGUUAAUCCUGCUUGUCUCACCAGCACAACAAUGGCAGCUAGCCCCACCAGUGGCCUCUUCAACACGCCUCCCCCGACACCCCCUGAGCUGUUCCCCACUCAGGACUUCAGCGACUUGAGGCUCCUAGUGGACGCAGCUCUACAGAGGGCAGCGGAGCAAGAGAACCUGAAGAGGCUCCAGGAGAGCCAGAGCAAACCUUCAGAGGCUGUAAAGACUGAACCAGUGGAAGCACAGUGCAGUGCCUAUAGCAGCGACAUGGGCCCCACGCCGCCUCCAGAAGACAGCCAACAGGUCAUGGAAGCCUCCAUAGCUCAGAGUCUCAUGGAAAAGGCGAUGGCAGUUCCUGUGUCUGCUGUAACUUCAGGCAAGACUCCAGUGGCUCAAUCCCCAGCAGCUCCUGUACUAGUUCCAGCUUCUGUCUUGGUCUCAGCCCCAAGGCUGUCUCCUCUCCCCAUGAAUAAAGUCAUCUGGAGCCCCUUGGACAAGGACACAGCUAAAGCCUCCAGCCCAAACCAGCCUCAGCUCAUCCCGGCCCAUCUGCCAACCUUAGUCCCACUGUCGGCUUCUGUUUUUGGACAGCUGGAUUCUCAGAAAGCAGCGGCUGCUCCGUCAUCAGCUCCAACCUCAAGCUUAGCUCCAGCUCCACUGCCCACUUCUAUUAGCGCGGCAGUGCCGGCUACAAGCCCAGUCUCUGUGCCAUCACCAGUCCUCUUCCCAACAAGUUCCACCUCUGUCGUGGCUUCACAUCCAACUGUAGCGCUUGUUCCUACUGCUCCUGCCGCAGCCAUUACCUCUCUCACAUCCCCCAGAGGAGUCCCACUUUACCUGCCAUUCCACAAAUCCCCUCUAAUCCCCGUCACAGUUCCGAGUCUAUCAACCAUCUCAACCUCAGCAUCGUCUCGCGCCCCUUCUCCCCCCACAGUCUCUGCCUCUGCCCAGGCUUCAGUUCAUGUCCCAGCCUCAGCCCCAACGUCCUCCACCUCUCCAACGAUCAAACCUCUCGCAGGCCUCAUCUCGCAGCUCUCUCCUCCUCUUCAGCCCUCUUCCACUAUCGGCAUUAGUAGUAAUACCCAAAGGAAUUCAGCAGUGGCACCCAGUGUGUGGAGCAUGGUCCACACUGACACCAGGCAACCCACUUCUCUUCAGGUGGUAAAGACCCCUAUCACUGCAGCGUGGGGCCCCCAGCACAGUCUGCACACAGUGAGUGAAACUGUUAACUAGCGCUGGGACUGGACAGGAACCUUUUUGUAUUUCUGCAGAGGACGCUGGACAACACUGUAUAUAUGAGAAUGUAUCUUCUUCAUCACCAGUCCUUUUUUGACAUUUGAACCUGUGCCUGCAGGACACACAGCAAUGAAGUGAAGUGUCGAACAUGAGGUUUUUUUUAGAGACGUGCUGUUUCAAGCAGCUUUUAUUGUUUUAAUAUGCUGUUCUUGAUGGACGCUGUUGCGGCGCCAUUUCUCUCCAGUGCAGAGUUAAUGUAUUGUGCAAAGUUUUUGAUGCCAUUUUCAAAACAACUUUCCAAGUUCCUAUUCAUGAACAAGGAGCAAAAUAUCCCGUAAUUGUACAAAAUUUAAAUCGGUGUAAUUAUCAGCACCAGCACAGUUGGCCUCUUCAGUAACAGUACUUGACUUUGAUGAAUGUACAAAAGGCACUGACAUCGAUGGCUGAGCUGCCUUUCACCCAUUCCCCAGCCAGGAUACAAAGGACGACGAUACAGCAACAACUUUAUUUUCCUCAGUAGCUGUGCAAUUCAGAUUUAGUCUGUUCUUAAUCCACUACAUUUCCCGAUGAGCAGAACAGAAAUUGAUUGGACUGCAGCAAUUUUGACUGACUCACCUUAAUGUGUCUGUGUCCAUGUCUCCAUCUUCCUGUUUUUGUUUAGAUAGCUGAGGGGAUUCAUCGACGCUCAUGAUUUGUCAUUUGAACCACUCAACAAGCAUCACGUCUGUCUGUGUCGUGUCAGUUCUAAACGUUUAUUCAGCCAAACACAGUAGUAUUUUCUCUAUUUGUUUAAAGCAUAUCUGUCACUUGCAUGUGUGACCUUGCUCAGCUUGCAAGGAUUGUUGUUGUUGGGAGGGGGGGGGGGCUGUGAGUAUAGGACAUAGGGGAGAAGGUCACAUUGGAUCUGUUACACAAAUCAAUUUCUGCAGAGAGGUGAGCAGCUCUGGUGAUCCAAUGGAAUCGAGCUGUCACGGCUCCUGAAAUGAAAUGGCACACUCGCUGUGAGCUGUGGCACCUUUUUAUCUUUUAACGUUGGAUCCUCUCAUUUAGAAGGAAAGACAAAUUAUACAUAUUCCACUGUCGCCACUCAAACCUCGGAUGUCUUAAUAGCGCUAUAGCAAAUGUAGCAGACGUACUAAAGUAGCUGAUGUGAUUUACUUCUUAUUUCCAGGAAGGUUCAGCAGCAUACAUGUGUAGUAUUUUUCAGUCAUUCCUUUUUUUCUCCACCUGUUUAGAAAUGGGUUCUGUUGUUCUAAUCAUUCCUGAAGCUGUAGUUUCUAUGAAACUGUCUUAGCAUAAACCACAGCAUAUGACUGAAUUCCGGCUGUAGGUCUAUUAGCGAUAGCAUCGUGUGGAAUAAUCAGGUUCCCAUGGGAAUAAUACUGUAGCAGAAAUACCAUGUUUACCAGAGUCUCUGAGCC